CACACACCGCCUCUGCUUCUGUCAAAUCCAGCGUGCUUUCUUUUGGCAUCUCUCACAGAUCUCGCAAGCUGCACUGACAGAAAGCAGUGGGAGAUCGUUUCUUGCCCAAGUCUUUAUAUUCAGACUAUAGCUGCUUCCUCUUUCCUACUCACAUUUUCCCAUAUGGUGACUUUGGAAAAUUCCUCCCUGAUUUCGCUGGGAAGUGCAGAAAACUCGUUGGUAGGGGGUUGCCUGUUAUUCUCUCUGCUUCUGCUGCUCACAUCUGAAACGGAUCUGGCUUGGAAAGGGGAGACUUGCUCUGAGCUCAGCGCGUGUAACUGACAUGGCAUGAGCCGAGGGAGCCUGUGGGAGCACGGGAAAUGCUCUUCUCCAUUCAUCUGAUCUCUGACAGCAGAGGGGCGAUGCCAGCCGGAGGCCGGGAGCUGCUGGUGCUGGGGCUGCUGGCGCUGGGCUGUGCCGCCGCCAACGACUUCCCCGAGGGUGUUGUGGGGCGAAGGCGCCCACCAGGCCCGGCCCACGGCUGCCCCCGCGACUGCGGCUGCACCCAGGAGGGCGUCGUGGACUGCGGUGGCAUCGACCUGAAGGAGUUCCCGCUGCUGCUGCCGGAGCUGACCAACCACCUCUCGCUGCAGAACAACCAGAUAGAAGAAAUCUUUCCAGAAGAGCUUGCUCGUCUUCACAGACUGGAAACUCUAAAUUUGCAAAACAACAGGCUGACUUCAAAAGGGUUGCCAGAGGAAGCAUUUGAGCACCUGGAGAACCUGAAUUACCUAUACUUGGCAAACAAUAAGCUAACAGUGGCUCCAAAAUUCCUACCAAAUACUUUGAUCAGUGCAGAUUUUGCAGCCAAUUAUCUCACUAAGAUAUAUGGGCUCACAUUUGGACAGAAACCAAACUUGAGGUCUGUUUACCUUCAUAACAACAAACUUUCAGAUGCUGGCUUACCUGAUAAUAUGUUCAAUGGCUCUAACAAUGUGGAGAUACUCAUCAUGUCCAGCAAUUUCCUGAAAUAUGUUCCGAAGAAUCUCCCUCCAGCAUUAUACAAAUUACAUUUAAAGAACAACAAGCUAGAGAAGAUUCCCAAAGGAGCCUUCAGUGAACUUACAGGCCUGCGGGAGCUGUACUUACAGAAUAACUACCUGACUAAUGAAGGAAUGGACAACGAAACUUUCUGGAAACUCUCUAGUCUUGAAUAUCUGGAUUUGUCCAGCAAUAACCUCUCACAAAUCCCAAGCGGUUUGCCUCGAAACAUCGUCCUCCUUCACCUGGAGAAGAAUGCAAUUAAGGUGAUUGGUAGAGAUGUCCUGACCCAAAUUAAGAACCUUGAGUACCUCCUGCUCCAUAAUAACAAAUUAAAAGCCCGAGGUAUUCACCCGUCAGCCUUCCAGGGCUUGAAGAAACUGCACACUGUCCAUCUGUACAACAACCUCCUGGAAAGGAUUCCCAGUGGGCUGCCUCGACGAGUGAAAACACUCAUGAUCCUGCAUAACCAGAUUUCUGAGAUUAACAGGAAUGACUUUGCUACCACUUACUUCCUUGAAGAGCUGAACCUGAGCUACAAUAAGCUCAAAAGUCCCCAGAUCCAUCGGGAGGCCUUCCGUAAACUGAGGCAACUGAAGUCCUUGGAUCUUUCUGGAAACAACCUCAACACGGUGCCCUAUGGCUUUCCAAAGAACUUGCAGGUUCUGAAGCUGAAGGAAAAUGAGAUAAGUGACAUCCCCAAAGGGACUCUGUCUGGGAUGACAAAACUGCGGGAAUUAUAUUUGAGCAACAAUAAACUGAAAGUAAACUCCAUUUAUUCAAGAGCGUGGAGGGAGCUCAGCAGUCUCCAGUCACUAGACAUGGCUGGCAACCAGCUGACUUCGAUCCCCUCAGGCCUGCCAGAAUCUCUAGAGUAUCUGUAUCUUCAGAACAACAAGAUCACAGUUGUUUCAGAGGAUGUUUUUGAGUCCACACCCAAACUAAAGGGAAUUUACCUCAGGUUUAAUAAGAUUGCAGUUGGAGCACUGAAGGUAAAUAUCUUCCAAAGUCUACAGCACUUACAAGUACUGGAUAUUGAAGGGAACCUUGAAUUCAGCAACACUUCAAAGAACAAGGAUGACUCAGAAGAGGAAUUAGAAGAUGAGGAAGAUGAGGAAAACUGAGAUAAAAUGUGAACUCACCCGGGCAUGCCAUGUGGAAGCAAAGCAUAUGGAAAAUUACAUAUAUUUCUAUGUGUAUAUAUCUAUAUAGAUAUAUAUAGAACACUUAGCAGAAUGUGCAAUGAAUUAUACAGAAACUGUCAUGGCACUGGGCCAGGCUUAUGGAAGACAGUGUGUUGCAGUGCCUUAUUCAGGGAGAGACCCUGAAUGCCUUUCCAAAGCUUCCAAAUCAUCUUAUACAAGACCCAGGAUCAUAAGGGAUUGCUUUGGAACUCACAAAAGCUGGCUUUUGUUCCUUGUUUCUCUUCCUUCACUGUUUCCAUCUGUAAUAACAAUAUGGAACUAUUUUGAACACAUGCCUUCAAAUGCUGUUUUUGUCACUGCAUUUUAAGUGAACUAUGUAUUAUGCUUCUUUUCUUUUCUUGCACUCCAAAGAAGCUGUUGUUGAUCAGACGAGAUGGAUAUUUGCAGUAGUUUCAUGUGUGGAGCAGUAUAUGAAGCAUUUGAGUCAUCAAGCAGCAGCAAUAAGUCUGGAUUAAACUGUUCAUCUGCUAGAACAAUGUGUAUAUUUGGAUGAGAAAAAAAAAAAUAAGGCUGGAUCCCAUAAUAUUUUAUCUCUACUGCCACUGCCUGCAGUAUAUGCCUUUUCAGAAAGUUUUUAAGAUACAACAACUGGUCUUAUGAAUAUAUAUAAAAAACCUAUGCCUACUUUCCAAAGGUUUGGUAUAGUUUGUGUGUUGCUGUUGUUUGACCGUGUGGCAGUGGUGUGAAUGUCUCGGAGGAUACACCCAGAAGACUGAAUAUCAGUAUGCAGCGUGAUAUAUGCAGUAGAGUUUUUUACAUAUUUUAUAUCAGAAGUGAGACUAAUGAAGCAAAAGAGAUAAGUGAACAGAAACUGUGAAGUGUCAACAGAAAUUUCUUUGUUUAUUUCAAGUCUCGUGACGGUACUUGUUCUCAUAAUCUCUUAAUUUAAAACCUCACUGUUGAGUCAUUUUCAGGUCCUGUCCAAAUUAUGGAAAAUAAAGAAACCAAGGAGAAGAAGAUUUACAGAGGUACUAGGAUAGCAGGGUUCCUAUUUGUUUAUAAUAGCCUUCAUCUGAGGUGGCUAAUAUGUUUGAGGAAAUGCUCUUUUCUUUUGAGGAUUUCUGGUUGAACACAUGUUGUUUUGCAUGCUGUAUUCCAGGAUUUACUUGGAAACAGUUGGCCUGCUUUUUAACCAGCUGUUUUUUCUGAUGGAGAAGGCUUAAUUCCACACUCUCCCUUUGGGGUAGCACAUGACAGUAAUUUCAAGCUGAUAUUUUCUUAGACAUUUAUGAUGGUUGUAGAUCACAGAAGGAAAGAUUAAUUAUUGAAACAAACAAACAAACAAACAAACAAAUGUCCCAUAACUUGGCCCUGAACAAUUGCAAACAAAAAAACCCAACAAACCAGACAAACACAUUUUUUAAUAUCAUCCACACAGAUGAGAAAUAGAAUAGCAUUCUGACUUUUGGGAUAGAUUUCUAUGUGAAAUAUUUACAGAAUGUAGUUCAAAUCAGUGAGUAAUUGCUAGUGGCAAACCCCAGUGGCAAGUUUUGCUAGUCUUUGGUGAAAUAGAUCUAUUUAUUAUACUCCUGAAUAAGCUGACAGUUUGCACAAUUAUACAGUUUGAUGUAGAAGUGUUUGAUUAUUUUUAAACUUCGAUGCCUUGCUCUGUGAUUCUGUGAGAAUCUGCAUAUGGAAUCUGUCCUUUGAAUGGGACAAUUUUUCCCAGCAACAACAAGAAAAACAACCCACUGCUCCUCAGCACGUUAAAAGCCAAACCAAGCUCA